AUGUUUCAUCUAACAAAGAACCGAAAGUCUGUUGUUGGGCUUUUGUUGGUAGCAGUUUUUGCACAAAGCCUACUUCAAGUGACUAACGCAUACGAUGUCUCGAGCUUACGUCGAUCUGAACCCGAAAAUGCUCAAUGGUGGAAGUCUGUUAUGCUACAAAACCAAAGGGAACUAGCAAACAUUGAGACUGAUGAAAACACUCUUGAAGAAUCUAGUUCGCAAAAUUUGAUCCGGAAUACGCGAGAGAAACCGUUGCCCUACACAAAAGACGAUCAACAGUUUCACAUAAACGGUGAAGAUGAGGAGGAAUUGGUAGUUGGCAAUGGAGCAGACAAAAAUCAGAUGUUUGGUCGCCGACUAAGAGCCACUGGAGAGGAUGACCAAGAGGAGGCGAUUCCUGAUGAUGCCCUUGAGCCUGAGAACAUGAUGGAAACAGCUCCUAAGGCAAAAAAUGGAGCAUCAACUGCUUCUGAUAAGGGAUCACUGUUGCUUAUUCCAGUCAACGAGGAAGAGAAUACGCAGUUUAGACGAGCAGCUCAGGUAGAACAGCAAAUUGAACAGGUGAAGGAUGGAGCGGAAGAUGAAGGAGAAGGAGAAGGAGAGGAAGAACUAGUAGAAAAGGUACCGAGAAUCCCUUCACCACCAUCGAGACCGGCUCCAGAAGAGGACACAUCUGCACAAUCAGUGCCGCCACCGAACAGGCCAUCGCUGCCAUCCAGGCCUCAACCUGCACCAGCAACACCAUCCUGGUCUCAACCAAAACCAGCCCCGAUGCCAUCCUGGUCACAACAACCAACGCCAAAUCAACCAGUAAAAGCGCCUAGUGCUCCUUAUGCCCCCGCUCCUUCUCCUGCCGCACCUUCUUGGUCUCAGCCAAAACCAGCCUCUGCUCCUUCAGUUCCUAGCUGGCAGACACCCAAACCAUCUCUAGCACCAGCAGCACCAUCUUGGUCUCAACCACAAAAACCAUCUGCAGCGCCAGCUUCCCCGACUCCAUCUGUGCCUAGUUGGCAGCAAACAACUGGCCCUCAAGACCAAGACUCUGGUGCACAGACUGCAUCUUUCCCCAUUGGCCCAAGUCCAAAGGCACCUACUCUCUCAGGCCCUCAACUUUCUCGACCAUCGGCGCCUCGCCCUCAGCCACCUCUUGUCAUUUCGCCUUCACAAAUUAAAGAUGGUGAAGAUUCAGCUGAAGAAGAGGAAGAAGAUAUUGCGGUAGAGCAGCCAGCUGAUAUCCCACGAAUUCCUGAACCUCCAACCAAAGCACCAACUUUUCCAACUUCAAGUUGGAAUGCUCCCAAACCAGGGCCUGCACCGGGAAUAGGUUCUGCAGAACCGUGGUCACCGCCCAGUAGGCCAUCAUCAACUAGACCAGCACCAGUUUCCCCUUCAUGGACUCAGCCAUCUCAACCUGCUGCCCCUCGUCCUACAUGGGGUCAAACACAGAAACCUUUAGCUCCAGCUCCUGCAACUCCUUCAUGGAUGCAACCAAAACCUGCCCCGGCACCAUCUCCGGCAGCGCCAUCAUGGUCGCAGCCAUCUCGUCCUUCUGCUCCAAUUCAAACGCCCAGUUCAGAGACACCAUCACCAUCUGCUGAACUGCCACCGUCUAGCUGGUCGCCAAAAUCAAUUAAUACUAAAGGACCUAUAUCGGGCACUAAAAGCAAACCAAGCUCUAAACCUAGUGGCACUUAUCCAAGUUCUCCAAUAAGAAAGCCAGCUCCUGUUUCUUCUAGUACGCCUUCUUGGUCUCAACCAAAACCGGCCCCUGCUCCUUCAGCCCCAAGUUGGCAGGCACCCAAACCAGCUCCAUCACCAGCAGCACCUUCAUGGUCACAGCAACCGGCUCAAUCAUAUUCGCCUAAGCCCAGCCAGCCAGUAAAAAGCGCUCCUUCCAUACCUAGCUGGCAAGCACCCAAACCUGCUUCUUCUCCGGCAGCACCUUCAUGGUCUCAACCCAAACCAACACCGUCUGCCCCCAGUUAUGAAACUCCAGAACAAAACCUAGCACCAGCUGCUCCAUCUUGGUCUCAACCUAAAUCUGCUACUCCUCCUUCUCCGAGUUGGCAGGCACCAAAACCAGCUCCUGCACCUGCUGCCCCUUCAUGGUCUCAGCAGCCAGCUCAAUCAUAUGCACCUAGGCCCAACCAGCCAACAAAAACAGCUCCAGCUGGUCCAUCUUGGUCUCAGCCAAAACAAGCCCCAGCUCCUUCUACUCCCAGCUGGCAAACUCCUAAACCAGCUCCUGCUGCAGCGCCUUCUUGGUCACAGCAACCUGCCAAAUCUUACGCACCAAAGCCUAAUCAGCAAAUAAAAAGCGCUCCUUCCACGCCCAGCUGGCAAGCACCCAAACCUGCUUCUUCUCCGGCAGCACCUUCGUGGUCUCAACCCAAACCAGCGUCAGCACCGUCUGCUCCCAGUUAUGAAACUCAAGAACAAAACCCAUCACCAGCAGCGCCAUCAUGGUCCCAGCCAAAGCCUGCUCCUGCUCCUUCUUCUCCGAGCUGGCAGGCACCAAAACCAGCUCCUGCACCUGUUGCCCCUUCAUGGUCUCAGCAACCAGCUCAAUCAUAUAGACCAACGCCCAGCCAACCAAUAAAGACAACUCCAUCAGCGCCGUCCUGGUCUCAACCCAAACCUGUUCCUGCUGCAGCACCUUCUUGGUCCCAACAACCGGCUCAAUCUUAUGCGCCUAAGCCCAACCAGCCAACAAAAACAGCUCCAUCUGGUCCAUCUUGGUCUCAGCCAAAACCAGCCCCAGCUCCUUCCACAUCUAGCUGGCAAUCACCGAAACCUUCUUCUUCUCCGGCAGCACCUUCUUGGUCACAGCAACCUGUGCAAUCAUAUGCACCAACUCCAAGUCAACCAAUAAAAGCUGCUCCCUCAGGUCCUAGUUGGCAGGCACCUAAACCAGCUUCUGCUCCUGCAGCACCUUCCUGGUCACAGCCAAGACCUGCUCCAGCACCUGCAGCCCCGUCAUGGUCGCAGCAACCUGCUCAAUCAUAUGGACCAAAGCCCAGUCAGCCAGCAAAAACAUCUCCAUCAGUUCCUAGUUGGCAAGCCCCAAAACCAGCUCCCGCAGCUCCCUCUUGGAUGCAACCAGUUCAACCUUCAGCUCAACUUGGCGAACAAGACACUGGAGCAAAAACUUCAUCUUUUCCAAUAGGUCCAGGUCAACAAGAGCAACCACAGUCAAGUCCCCAAUCGUCGUAUGAACCUGGAACAGGUCAACGACAGCCAUCACUUCCAAAACCAACUUCAACUAAAGGACCUGUGUCAGGCACCAAAGGUGGUGGCAAACCUACCUCAAGUGGGGCUUGGCCUAGUUCACCGGUAAGGAGACCUGCACCAGCACCUGCGGCACCUUCAUGGUCACAGCAACCGGCUAAGCCAUACGCCCCAAUUUCAAGUCAGCCAAAAUCAGCACCGUCAUCUCCUAGCUGGGAAGCUCCAAAACCAAAACCAGCACCAGCUACUCCAUCGUGGUCUCAACCAAAGCCUGCUCCUGCUCCUUCUACCCCGAGCUGGCAAGCAACAAAACCAGCUCCUGCACCUGCAGCACCUUCAAGGUCCCAGCAGCCGGCUCAAUCAUAUGGACCGACACCCAGCCAACCAAUAAAAACUGCUCCAUCAGCGCCUACCUGGUCUCAGCCCAAACCUGCUCCUGCUCCUUCUGCUCCGAGCUAUCAAACACCUAAACCAGCCCCAGCACCAUCUGCUCCAAGCUGGCAGCAGAGUAAGCCCGAAGAGCAACCAGAGGAUGCUGAUGAUCAGGCGAUAAGUACCGACAGCCAACCUAGUGGUCCAUCGUCUGCUCCAAUUCAAAGCUGGAUGCAGCCUAAGCCAUCAGCUCCGACGGCGCCAAACUGGCAGCAGCAACCAGCUCGACCGACUUACUCUGGAUCUCAGCCUAAACCAGCCCCUGCACCUGCUGCACCUUCCUGGUCACAACAACCGGCUCAAUCUUAUGCGCCUAGGCCCAGCCAGCCAACAAAAACAGCUCCAUCAGCACUUUCAUGGUCACAGCCAAAACCAGCCCAGGCUCCUUCUACUCCCAGCUGGCAAGCUCCUAAACCAGCCCCUGCACCUUCAUGGUCUCAGCAACCAGCUCAAUCAUAUGGACCAACGCCCAAUCAACAAGUAAAGACAACUCCAACAGCGCCUUCCUGGUCUCAGCCCAAACCUGCUCCUGCUCCUUCUGCCCCGAGCUGGCAAGCUCCUAAACCAGCUCCGGCGCCUGUUGCACCUUCAUGGUCACAGCAACCGGCUCAAUCAUAUGAGCCGACGCCCAGCCAACCAAUAAAAACAACUUCUUCAGUCCCGUCAUGGUCCCAGCCCAAACCAGCUCAAUCUCCCUCAACGCCGAGCUGGCAGGCACCCAAACCAGCCCCUUCACCUUCAGCGCCCUCUUGGUCUCAACCUAAACCAGCUCCAGCACCAUCUGCUCCAAGCUGGCAGCAGAGUAAACCCGAAGAGCAACCAGAGGAUGCUGAUGAUCAGGCGAUAAGUACCGACAGCCAACCUAGUGGUCCAUCGUCUGCUCCAAUCCAAAGCUGGAUGCAGCCUAAGCCAUCAGCUCCGACGGUGCCAAGCUGGCAGCAGCAGCCAGCUCGAUCGACUUACUCUGGAUCUCAGCCCAAACCUCUGUCAAGCACAAAAAGUCGCCCUCCAGGCGCCUCUGGAGGAUGGCCAAGCACGCCUGUACAGGGACCUCAACAACGACCACAGCCAUCUCUUCCCACUACUUCUGGUGAACUGCCAUCUCUCACUUCACCUUCACUGCCUCAAUCAAACCUGCCAUCAGAACCAUCGGCCCCAGAUGCUGAUGAUGAUUCUGCACCUUCGCCACCAUCGCCUUCUGCCCCCAACUGGCCAGCACCCACUGAACCAGAGUCACCGGCUCCAGAGGCUCCUCAAACUUCUUCUGUUCAACGACCAGCCACUCCGAUUUUGAAAUCUACCAAUGGCGCCAAAUGUCAAACCGUGGAGGGUGCUUUGAAUCGAUGCAAUUAA